AUGGGGAGUAGAAAAGAAGAAGAAAGAAACGAGAGGAUCAUUAGAGGUCUCAUGAAGCUUCCUCCCAAUCGUCGCUGUAUCAACUGCAAUAGCUUGGGUCCACAGUAUGUUUGUACUAAUUUCUGGACUUUCAUUUGUACUACUUGCAGUGGGAUUCAUCGAGAGUUUACUCAUCGUGUGAAGUCGGUAUCUAUGUCGAAGUUCACAUCCCAAGAAGUUGAAGCUCUUCAAAAUGGUGGCAAUCAGCGUGCAAGGGAAAUAUAUUUGAAGGAUUGGGACCAACAAAGCCAGAGAUUGCCUGAUAACAGUAAAGUGGAUAAAGUGCGGGAAUUUAUAAAGGAUGUGUAUGUGAAUAAAAAAUAUGCUGGAGGAAAGACCUCUGAUAAGCCUCCAAGAGAUUUGCAGAGGAUCAGAAGCCAUGAAGACGAGACAAGACGUGCAAGCUCUUAUCAUUCUUAUUCUCAAAGUCCUCCUUACGACUUUCAAUAUGAAGAUCGUCGUUAUGGAAAGCAAACUAACACGCUUACUCGCAAACCUGGUUCAGAUCGAAGUCUUUAUGUUGGAAAGAUGGCUAGUUUUAUUUGCAGUCCUACCCACUUAAAUGAAAGGAUGUUUGAAGACAGGUUUGCAAACGAGGGUUCUGUUUAUCGGGUUUCAGACUACUCUGUGUCUAGUGGCGGUGAUCCAGUAAGAUCUGGCACGGAAUCACCAAAUUUUCAGAAGGAUAUCGCAUUUAGUCCACCUAUUCAGCCGUCGAGUGAUGGUUUAGGUGAUGUUAAACAUCAAAAGACAAAUUCAUUUCCAGAGGCAAGCUUUAAGAGAGAUGCAGAUGGGAUUCCUCGUCCACAGAGAGCUACUUCAUUAGGAAGCAUGGGAUCAUUUGAUGGCAAUCCUGUGUCCAUCAAGUCAUACAAUUCAGGAAGUUUACUGGAUAUUGUUGCAGAAGCUGAGCAAGCUGCAGGGUAUCCCCGGGAAAAAAUGCUUGCCUUUCCACAGGCAUCCGUUUCUAGUCAUGCUAGCUUGGAUCUUUUCAAGGAACCAACUGCUCCAGAACCAGCCUCUCCUAUGGCUCCACCGAUCAAUUUAUUUCAGUUACCAGCAACAUCACCAGCUCCAUCUGUAGAUUUGUUUCAAGUGCCCGGAUCAAAUCCAGCUUCAUCUAUUAAUUUAUAUCAGCCUUCCCAAACCUCUCUUCCUUCCACUCCAGACCUCUUUGGUUGUAGCGCUCAGCAGCAGUCAGAUUCUACCUUGGAUGAAAAAUCACCAGAUUCUUCACUGCCUAAAAAUGAAGGAUGGGCAACUUUUGAUGUCCCUCAGCCUACAGCUUCCAACCCGGGGUCUGAGAAUCUUACAUCUUCAGUAGGACCUUCCAAUGUAGGUUCUUCAGCAAAAUUUGACCAAGUUUCAUCAUUACAUACAAGUAUGCAAUGGCCACCUUUUCAAAACUCUGUUGAUCAUAGUUCAUCAUCAGUAGCUGAUCCCUGGCUUGGCGGUUUGCACAGCGUACAAGCCACUGGCAAAACAAGUUCUCAGAACUGGAAUGCUUUUGAGUUCGAUAAUUUAGUGGCAGAUGGUCCCCUGGAAGGCAUUAAGCAAAGUAGUGAACCACAAGCAUUAUACAAUCCUUCAUCGACUGCUGAUCAGUAUUUUGGCUUUGGAGCUUCAGAGGACUUUAACAAAGAUGGGAUUCAAAGAGCUGCCUGUAACGGAGUACUUCCUGGUCCUAAUGGACCAUCAGAUAUUGUUGUGGGGCCAUCAUAUACUCCUUCAGGACAUCCUUUGAUGGAAGAAACACAGUCUCAUGCAGAUCAUAGGUCAAUUAACCCAUUUGAUCUACCGUACGAAUCUGAUUUGGAGCCGAGCAAUAUGUUUUUGGACAUGAGCUCUUUGCAAGCUGCACUGCCCAAUGCUGAUUUGCCAUCCAGCUUCCUUGGUGGUGCGACUCAACCAUGGUUUCCUCAAGACCCAGCGAUGACAUGUAUACCUGCUGCACCACAAGGUGGCUUAGCAUAUAUGGCAGGACAAGCACCCAGCCCUCAAUUAGGGAAUGUUCAAACACAAGGGCCUGUUGCUUCAGUUGGAGGGAAUCCAUUUGCAUAG